AGUCCAGCAUGAGGCCUCAAAUAGCCUGCAGCAACUGCCGAUAUCGCAAGAAGAAGUGCAACCGCGCGUAUCCAUCUUGUUCCUACUGUCUUCGAACGCAUAGCCGCUGCACCUACGUCUCCGGCAAGCAUCGCGUCUCUCCCAUUCCGCCGGUUGAAAUCGAGACGCCGCAGUCUCACAGUGUCGAUGGUGACUUGGGGAUCAGCCCAUGGAGCGAUGCCCUCUUCCUCGAUGCCGCGCUUUUCCGCGCACGGGGACAUUCCACGCCCGAUGCACGCCUUGUACCGGAUGCUAGACUGCGCCAGGAGCUAGAGCUCGAUACUAGCCAUGAACAGUAUUUCGCACGAUAUUUAGAAAUAUUUCAGUCCUGGAUUUCCAUCAUUCCGCCGCAAGAAAUCUCUACGACUCUUUCGGCGCCGCCGGCCACACUGGAUGGUGAGAACCUCCUACUGCUCGCGUGCAUUCGUCUGCACGCGGCACCAUUACUGGAUAGAGACCCUCGUACAAAGCUCUAUGUCGCAAUCAAGUCCUCGCUAGCCAGCGCGGAGGUCCACGGCGCACUCUCCGUUCAAUUGCUCCAAACCCAAGUCCUCGUCUUACUCUAUGAAUUCGGACACGGCAUCUAUCCCGGCGCAUAUCUCACGUUAGGCCGCUGUGUAGACUAUCUUGCCGCUCUAGGAAUCGACGAAGAUGCGCCCGACGCUCGACAAGGCAGUACUUGGAUCGAGACGGAGCUCCACCGGCGGUUAUGGUGGGCGGUGUUCAUCAUGGAACGGCAUGUCGCUCGACCCGCAUGGCCCUCUUGUAACAUCGUAUUGAUUCAAGCUCAGAUGCAUCGCCAUUGCCGGCCCUGGCCACCCUCUAUCCCUCUCCGAACCAGCGCGCACAAGACUCUUGCCAUCUGACGAUGAAUCCUGGGCACAAGGGCGCCCCCUGCCCCACGACCAAG